GCGAUCGACAGGCGCUCGAGCAUUUCUGGGGACAAUUGCAAUACAAAAAGGGGCGUGAUUCCUCGACAGAAGUUCAUUCUUCAUCUCAACAACAACUCAAUUUCUCUGCCGCUCAACUACUAUAAUUCCUAUCUCAAAACACUAAACUUUGCUUCAAAACCACCAAAAUGAAGUUCUUCGCCACUGCUCUUCUCUCCGCUGCCGCUGUCUCUGGCUUCUCAGUCUACGACGUCAAGGACUUCACCGCCAGCUGCGUCCCUCACAGCACCUUCUGCAACUAUGAGUUCAAGGUGAUCCAGUCCGGAUCCAUGGAGACCUGGAAGAACCCCGUCCACUGCUCCGCCCACGUCCAGUCGGCCAACUACCUCCUCCCUGAUGUCAAGGACGCCAAGUGCGAGGACUCCUCUCGCACUUUCUCCGUCAAGCGCAGCAAGAAGGGUCUCACCCUCUCUGUCUCUCAGCCUAUCAGCCCCAACAGCGAUAUGGUUGGAAAGCACUUCAUUCCCAACAAGCAGCUCUGGCAGUCUAAGGAGCCUAACGCUGAGAUCCAGGCUUACAAGGGCCCUAAGGACUUCAAGCUCAACUAGAUUGAGUGACUGGGGAUUUUGAUGUUGUUGAGUUGGUGAUUAUCUUGUUUGUGACGCAGGCGUGUUGAUUGCAUUUGAACUGUAUUUUAGACUAGACUUUUAGGUAUAUAUCUAAACAAAAC